AUGAAGACAAAAUUCGCUACAUUCGAUCUCUGCGCAGUUUUGCAUGAUUUAAAUAAUUUAAAGGGAAUGAGAUUAUCAAAUGUUUAUGAUAUAAAUUCAAAAACUUAUUUACUAAAAUUACAAAGACCAAACGAGAAAGCUUUUAUUCUUUUCGAGUCUGGAAUUCGUAUACAUGUAACAAAAUGUGAAUGGCCAAAAGCUGUUAUACCAUCAGGAUUUAGUAUGAAAUUUCGCAAACACAUUAGAAGCAAACGUUUAACUAAUGUUUCUCAAGUCGGUAUUGAUCGAAUUGUUGAUUUGAAAUUUGGAGAAGAGGAACGAAGUUGUCAUGUAAUUGUUGAACUAUAUGAUAGAGGAAAUGUUGUCCUAACAGACCAUGAAUAUACAAUUUUGAAUAUAUUAAGGCCGAGAACUGAUCAUGAUACAGAUGUUCGAUUUUCUGUUAGGGAAAGGUUUGAUUUUAUUUUUUUUUAUUUUUUUGUAUCAUUUACUAGGUAUCCUCUUGAACAAGCGAGACAAUCUUCACAAUUUAGACCUACAGAUGAAAAUAUUUUGCUUUUGUUGGAAGGGAAGAAGGGUGAUUCACUUAAAAAAUCGUUGGUUUGUAAUGUUCCUUUUGGAGCACUUCUUCUCGAUCAUGUUUUUAUAAAGAUUGGUGUUCCUUUGGCGACACAGAUUGGUACUGAUAUUCCAGUAAAUGAUGAGGGCGUUAAAAUAAUUGCUAAGAUUUUGGAAGAGGCACAAAAGGUGGCUGAUGAUAUUACAUCCUCAUCACAUGGGGGAUUUAUUGCAUAUGAGGAAAAGGAAGGCGAAGAAGGCACUCCAAUCCAGUUAUUUAAGGAAUACUUCCCUUAUGAUUUUAUCCAAUUUCGCGAUAAAUCUCUUAAUAAUUUACAUAUUCUUGAAACAAAAACAUUUAGUGAAGCAAUUGACAAAUAUUAUUGGAUAAAUGAAGCACGAAAAAGCAAACAGCAGGAUGGGGGAAAUAUUAAACGUGACCAUCAAAAAAGAAUACAAUCAUUGAAUGAAAUAAAAGAAAUUCAGAAAAGACGAGGAGAAUUUAUUAUUUACAGUAAAGAUUUAGUGGAACAAGCACUUUUGAUUGUUAGAACAGCUUUAGAUAAUCUUAAAAAAGUCAAUAAAUCAUUAGCUGCAAGCAAUCGAGGACCUAAAUUAGUUCCAAAAACGGGAGUUGGUUUGUGGUUAGAGGAACUAGCAAAUAUGGGAGAACAACCUGCAGCAAGAUUGAUAUGCAAAUUGAAGUUAGAAACAAAUCGAUUUACAAUGCGCCUUACGAAUCCAUAUGAUGAAUCAGAUAAAGAAUUAAAUGUGGAAUUGGAUUUAUCUUUAAAUGCAGAACAAAAUGCCCGACGUCAAUUCGAAGAGAAGAGAGCAGCUGAACAGAAAAAAGAAAAAACAGAAGCUGCUACAAAUAAAGCUUUAAAAUCAGCAGUUAAAUCAGCCAAAAUAAAAGCUGAUAUUAAAUCUACACAGACAAAAGUUAGGAAAACAAAUAUUAUUCAUGCUCGAAAAACUUACUGGUUUGAAAAAUUUCUUUGGUUUGUAAGCUCCGAUGGCUUUUUGAUAUUGGCUGGUCGUGAUGCACAGCAAAAUGAAUUGUUAGUUAAGCGUUAUAUGCGACCAGGAGAUAUUUAUGUUCACGCAGAAAUACAGAACAGAGAAAAUCAUUCCUCCGAAGAAUGGACGCCACCGCAUAAAACUUUGAACGAAGCAGGAACCUUUGCUGUUUGUUUUUCUUCUGCUUGGGAAGCAAAUGUUUCAGUUACUGCUUGGUGGGUACGGCAUGAUCAGGUAUCAAGAACUGCCCCAGCAGGUGAAUAUUUAGUUGCUGGUUCAUUUAUGAUUAGAGGAAAACGAAACUUCCUCCCCAGUUGUCCGCUCCAAUUAGGAUUUGGAUUAAUGUUUAAACUGGAUGAUGAAUCGGUAGAAGCCAGAAAAAUAAAAGAAAACAAAACACCUGACAAAAACACACAAAAUGAUGAUGAAUCUGUAAUUUGUUUGGAAGAUGAAUUAAUUGAAGGAAGCAGUGAUUCCGAUACGGUAGAAGGGGCAGAAGACUUUCCUGAUGUUCGCGUUACUGGGAGUACAUCGACGCAAAAUGAUAAGGUAAAUGAAUCCAGCAUCAGUUAUGGUGACGAAAAAGAUAAUGAAGACGAAAACAAAGCAAGCGAUGAAGAGACUUUAGGGGAAAUGAACGAAAACGACCUUAUAGACUCUUUAACUGGGCACCUAUCAAAUGAAGACGAGCCUGAAUUUGCAGUUCCUGUUUGUGCACCAUACACAGCAAUGAAUAAGUUCAAACUUAAGGUAAAAAUUACACCAGGAAGUUGCAAACGAGGGAAAGCUGUGAAAAUGGCUCUUGAACUUUUUGCCCAAAAUAAGUCCUUGACUUUGGCCGAACGAACAUUACUCAAGGCACAGACCGGGGACGACCGGUUAAUUCAAUUAGUUCCUGGAAAAGUCCGUGUAUCAGCACCAUCUUUCAAUGUAAAACAAGUUGCAAAAUUGAUCAUUUGA